AUGAGCGUGUUCUUGGGCCAUCAUAGAAACAUAGAUAGGGUCAACGACGGAACAAACAACGAAACUUUACGACAGCUUUUUCGUACACGUUCACUUGCAUCACAUACACAAGUGCUCUCUGAACCGUGCAAUAAGGUUUUUAGGUUAUGCAAUAGAAGGGGCUUGGUUCUCUAUUUCCGGGCCGGGCGGGAGGUGAAGGCCAUAAGAGAAGAUUGCCCUCCCGGUAAGGAAGAGGGGAAAGGGUGCUGUUCUCAAAGCAGAGGAGGAAGGGUGGGCAGCAGGUACCAUGAGCCCUCUGUCCCACACAUCUAUCCAGAAGCAAGUGUAGUUCACCGGUUCCACCGAAUGCUCCUAUCUCUCGGCAAAGAUCGUGUGAGUGUGCAGUUAUGCUUCGGAUGCUUCGCCAGAAUAGAUCGACCCAGUUCCCGUUCUUUUCCGGUGCACUCGCUUUAUAUCUCCGACACACAAGGAAGGACGCGCUGGGAAGGAAGCAGCCCUAGCCUCUGUCCGGCCGAUCAUUCCGCUGGCAUCUCGCAUUCACGCCCCCGUUUGACUGCCGCUCGGGGAUGUAGUUGUAGAGGUUAGGUUAGUCUUAGUGGGUCGUUGGCUCCACCUGUUAUCUCCUUCUACGACAUGCUGUUGUCGUCGCCAUAUUCCAUAUGUCACUUAGUCAUCUCUGCCUCGCUGCGGGUCAGCACCUCCGAAAGAAAGGGAGGACUUCAUUCAGUGACCCCGCGAUCGCCCUCUGAACGAUCAGAAUAAGGUAAAGCUUGAAGAUAAGUUUUGUACUCUAUUAAUUUCUCAGUCCCUCUAGUCGGGUGGGCGCCGGCCGGUCUUUCGACCAGAUCCCCCUAAAAACCGUACGUGCGGGUCUCCCCGCAUGCGGCUCACGCCAUUCGAGGUGGCCCAGCCCAGCAUUCAUUCGCAAAUCCUGUAGUGAAAUUGAGACUGCUCAACCUCGGAAGCUGAUUCGCGUGUAGGCAGCGCUGUCUGUCGUACCCUUGACUCUAUCUAUUCAUUGAAUUUGCUUUUUUGCAUUUUUUUUAUACGCUCGCUCCCUUUUUUCCAAGAAUUCAUGGACUUCCCUUUACUCCAUAGGGCCUUCUCUAAUAGGGAAAAGCCUUCCAUUUCCGUCAAAUGACCCGGCCUCCCCUGGCUCUUCCACCGUCCGGGCUUCCUUUCCUCCCUAUGCUAUGCUCCCCCGGCGCAGGCCUACCACGCUUCGCGCCUGCGGCGUUUUCGCCAGACGGUCUUUGCCAGUAGUGCCAUCCUCCCCGCUGGCUGUAUGGGCGGGUUGUCCCUCGCUGCUGCGUUCUGUUAGGCUAUGGAUUACAAGAACAAAUGUAGUUGAAUGGAAGAGCAGGCGGGUUACACGUUCCACUGUGCCGAGAUGUGAGGUGCAGGUGGUGAUGAUCACCCCGGGGUAUGCGCUAGCGCCCUUGACAGGCACUCCAGAACCCGCCAACGCUCGUGAAAACCCGGGUCGGUCGGUCCUCCAUUCAUCCGACCGGAGGUGUGGAUAACGAGGCCACCUUCACAACCUUCUCCCUUCUGUCCCUAUGUUGUAAUAAAGUAGGGUGGUUCGCUUGAGUUGCUCAACCGCCCCUUAGCCCGGUGCUCAUGACGCGCUACGGAACCUCCACCGUGCCGGGGGACCAAGCAGGGCAUAGCUAGCGGCAUAGGAGCCGACUCGGCAUCAGCGGCUUCGUGCCGCACUGGAGUAAUCCAAUAUGUGGUUCCGCACGUUCUACCACUUCUCCGUUCAUUUCCAAUACUGAUCGUGAAACACCAUGAGCAGCAGGAUGUUGAGGUCCGAAAUUCGAAGUGAAAUUUUUGAUUUGCCUGUUCCUAGUCGUCAUGGGAAAGAAAGGCAGAAAUAAGAAAUAGAUUAUUCCCUGAGAGCUUGUCCAAUACCACCAGUACCAGAAAUGCAUCUCCUUCGCCCGCGAGAUACUUCUAUGCCAGCCGGGAAUAACGGCUCUGUUAUGAAAGAAAGCGGCAGACAGACUAAUUUGGACGGUAUUCCCUAAUGAGUAGCUUUAGGAGAUUAAGGUCCCCCCUUAUAUUCUCCACCCAUCUGCGGAGGGUUUACGUACUGUCUCCGCGGAGACCUCCAGAUCGUAAGAUGAUAUUAUCGCCUUCGCGGCGCUGGAGUAUAUUUCCGUCAUUUCCGGAAAGUGCACGGACAGCCGCCAUUUCCCCUUUUCACAAUGUUCGUGAAGUUGCUCACGAAUCAAAGUGUGAAUGUCCCUUCGAAGUCUCGCAUGCUCUUUUUGAUCGGGAGCGGGGUGGGCAACUUCCGUCGGUGGCGCUUGCGGCAGCGCCUCCGGAGCCGCCCCCCGUUCUGGAGCCAGCGGGUUCUGAAUGACCUCCCUCUCGCGGUUAAAAAGUGAUUAACCAUCUCGAAUAAAUCCAUAUCGUCCAUCCGAAAAACGUGUCUCAAUUACAGCCAACUCCCCUGUCUCUUUCCUUAUCGAAAACCAACCCUACUCAAUUUGUUCUAGAAAUGCUAACCAAGUGACACACUGGGGCCAUGGGUCAUGAAAGAGGUUGACCCUCAUCCUCCUUAACUAUGUAUGGCCAAUGAACUCCUCGCUUUAGUCCUUCUUUGGGCUCGGGUCGAUAGUAGCCGUGGUAGUAAUGUCCCGGAGCCCGGCUACCGACCCGAGGCGCCGAUCGGGAAAGUCAUAAAGGGACGUUAAACGUAAUUCUAGAAGGGCGUUACCACAAAAAACCGAGUCUUGGCAGUUCAAGUGAAAGUUUAUUAGAGAUAGACUAGUCCCACUAAGAUGGCGGGGAAACUGACUUCCGAGAGAGCUGCUUUCGCCUCGGUAAUUGCCUAACGAGAGAGAGCCGAUGCAAAAGUCGCCCUUUACGCGAGGGAACGCCAGACAGGCUUACCUCUGCUAACUAGUUUUAUAUAGACUGGAAGCUAGAGAGACUAAGGUAUAGUGCCGCUACCAGAGAAGGCUCUUUCAUCUUAGGCGUCCAGACCUACUACGCCCGAGCCGCAUCCCCGGCACACUUGCUAUAUCCACUAAGGCUUCAUCCCACUUCCCAACUAUACCUGAUAUAAAGCCGUUCUAUAACAAUUCAAGACAAGAAGAAAGCAAGAAAAGGAUAGCGAUCGCUUUGGGAGCGUCACGGGGGAGGAAGAUAGAAAGGUAACCUAUGACAGCGGGGAGUUACGCUUUUUCUCCCGCCUCGGCUUCGCGGAUGGGAGGAGGGCGAGAGCUGAGCACGCACGCUCUAUGCUUUUCCCCAGUUUUCCCUCUAGUAAAAGAUUAGCUCGUAUCCCCUGUGUCUAGCGAUUCCUGGGGCAUGAGUUAAGCAUAUAGUUGAUUGCUCUUUCUUUCGAUUGAGCGUCGGUACUUUUGGAGUCUCUCUCUGUAGGCGUGCAAAACAACAGAGCCACUGCUCUUCGUGGCGGGGCGAGGUGGACAAUUCCUUACUCCAGCUUCAGAGGAGCAUCUUUGCAUGAAUCAAUACUAACCCCUCAGCUCAGUCAGCUGACCUUCGAUUUCGGAGAUUAGAGCAGAAGAACUCCGUAAUGGCGGAGAGGGGUUUCGCCUCGAAUCCAAACAAUUUCUCGUCUUCUCUUAAGAUAUUUCUAGUUAGGACUUGAUCGAGGGAUCAAUUGACUCCGGAACACUGCCAUCAAGCUUCCCUUCCCAACACCUGCCCUACAGAUGAAAUCCUACGAUUCAUGCUCCCUCCUCCUCUUACUUUCUAUAUUUAAGUUCCAAAUUCUUUUCAUUUGAAUCCACAGUAUUAACAAAAAAUACUAAAAACCUAUUAUUCUGCCUUUAAAAAGGGAGUCUUUUUUGAACCAGAAAAGUUUGGGUAGAGCCGGAUCUAAGCGUUGGCUAGGUAAGCGUCCUGUAGUAAGAGGAGUAGUUAUGAACCCUGUAGACCAUCCCCAUGGGGGUGGGGAAGGGAGAGAAGGACACAAGCGAACAACCAUCUAACCCUCAGUCUGAACUCCCUGGAUCAGUCCAUCAGUAAGAAAAAGCUUCCGUCAUUCAGCAGCGCAAGUAGUCUCCAAGGAGGAAAGAUACAGUCAUGCGAAGAUCCAUGUCCUACCAUUGGAACAAGGGAGAACAAAUAGACUUCUCUCUUCCUCUACGUCCCACAGCCAUUCUCAAGCAGUAGCAGCGGUAAUGAAAGCAAGGGUCGGUUAAGCAUACCUUCCAUCCAUCGGUGGCAUCAAACCAUUUGACGGAGUAAACUUGAUUUGAGGAAACAGAAGGAUGAACCCCACUAAAACAGCUAAAUCUAUGUCACUUGGGAUCGGAUCCUUCCUAAGGAAAUUUCCCCUGUUCACUCCGAAAUCGAUGAUUCUUGGCUACUUGAUCGUGAAUGAAAAACACGACUGAUAUAAAACCAUAUACGAUGGAAUGGGAGCGAAUCAAACGUAUAUACUGGCUUAGAUAGAGAGAAUCUUUUUCUUUUUCUGGUAUGUAACUAACCACAAGUAGUCUACAGUUGGUUGAGAAAGAAUAAGCCUACUGUCCUAAAGACUGCGGACUAAGAGCUCUUACUCCUUUCGGCAUAAAAAAAGGCUCUUCUUUUGCGGGUUCAUCAGAGCUUGAUAAUCUAGCUAGGGCUAUUUUCACUAAUCCGGAGUAGGCAUAAGUAAAUGAUGAUGGCAUCGAAUGCCUCUUUGAAAGGAAAGAUUCUGGCAACAGACUCAUCUCGUUUUCUUCCUUCUUAUCCUCGACUAAUAGACUAAUAAUGGGGUACGCUUUCUCGGAAAUAGAAUGAGUUCUUCUUUUCAGAAAGAUUGCUAUAUUUUUAAGCGUGUAUUGUCCCUAAGGAGACUGCACGAAGUAGAAGAGGCUGCUCCGAAGGAAAGGAGUAGUAGAGGUCGAUUUCGGCGUAUCCGGCUAGGGAAGCUAAAUCGGUAUAUCCAGCCCAACAGCUAUUACCGUACCGUUAGUAGUAACAGAGAACCCCUAUAUCCCUAAUUAAGAGAAUACAUGUAUGAGCUGAAAGAGAGGGGGGUCUCCGACCGUAAACAUGAGCAAGCAGUUGGCGCAGUAUGUGGUUUAUAUCCUUAAUCACUGACUAAUGGUACGGAUGUCUUUUCCCUAAAGGAGAAAGCAUCAACCGGCUGUACCACCUAGGCUUGAUCGGCUUGCUGGAUUUACCUCACCAGCUGGCUUCCCUUGCUUUGCUCGAGUCCGAGCUGGCUUUCAGAUAUGGAAAAAGGUUUCGAAAAACUAGAAGAAGCUGAAGAGGACAAAGCUCGGAUUUCUAACGAGGUUAUGGUAGCCUUCGUGAAAUCCACUUCUUUUUAAGACAUCCUGAAGAGCUUGCUGAAGCCGACCUUUCAUAUGGGUUUCUCAGAUGCCCUGGAUUUUGCUAAGGAGAAGUUUCCCGAACUUUCCCCCUCGCUUACCCACAGAAGAAUACCCUUCCAAAGGAGCUAAUGGGCUCAAGGAGCUAAACGCUUUAAAAGCUCCCCGUCACCAAAGUAAAGACAGAAGAGUCAUAAGGGUUGGUACUUUUGCAAUCAUCGACAGACAAGUCAGCCUUUCAAGAGUAGCCUUUCGACAAGCCAGCUUCAGUAAUACAGUAGAGGCAGAGGUAAACCAAUAAGGAAGAGUGGAUUGGCAGGGUUUCCAGUCAAGUAUAGUGGAGAAUCCCAUAUUCGAA